AUGGCGGUGUACAUGCAGACCACCGAAGGCUUCGGGUUUUCAUUGCCCGGCAGGAAUGGUUUGCACAUGGGAAAAGGCCGAUUUUCAAACGACCUAAAAUGUGUCGGGAAUCGAAGAUGCACAAAGCGCCAUGUUCUCACUCCUGUCGCUCAAUCAUCAGGGGCGCAGGUUCUACAAGACGAGGAUUUGAAGUCAGAGGGGAAGAAAGGUGAUCCAGCAGGAGGAUGGUGGAAAGAUAGCAGUCCACAGAGAACAGUGGAACAAGCAAAGCUCAAGUAUUUGAAUCAGUUUCCAAAUACUUGGCAACCGGCAGAGAGUCUAACGCUAAAGCGCAAGGGAGACAAAAAGGACACGUACAAGACUGCAGGAGUUGAGUUUAAGACAGCAACUCCUGACAAAGUGUAUGAUGCAGCAAUCGUAGGAACUGGUCCUGCGGCCAUUGCCAUGGCUGAUGCCCUGGCUCUGGAAGGCAUGACAGUUGCUGUUGUUGGGCCGAUCGCAGGAGCGUGGCCCAACAACUAUGGCGUUUGGAUGGACGAGUGGAGCGUGUUGGGUCUCCCCGACUCUUGCAUCGAGUCGCAGUAUGACACGACUAGGAUCACUAUCUCUAAAGGGAACAGCAUCAGCAUUCCCCGCCCUACGGGAAGGCGAUGUGCGGAGAACGGUGUCGAGGUCCUGGAUGAGCUGGUGACGGACAUUGUGCAUGGGGACACUGAGAAUCCCUCCGUCUUCAAGACGGCAGGCGGUGAAACCAUCCGCUGCAAGGUGCCCGUAGUGGCGGCUGGUCACUACUCGCCACUUGUCAAGUACCAGUCCCCUGGGGUGGAGUUCAUGCGGAUUGAAGGAGAGUACAUGACGAGGGACUGGGGGAGGCUGCUGCAGGUGCCUCCCAACCAGAGGCCUGUCAUCACCAACGAGUACGUCGAGUCGGGCCCCCUCUCUCAGCUGUCCUGGAAGCAUAGCAUCCAGUUCGACUCAGUGCGGCCCGGCCAGCAUGCGUGGGGGUGGAACUGGGGGUGGAACCCUGUACUGCGUGGGCUCAAGGUUCCCAGCUUCAUCCCACUCUUCGGGGACUGCGAAGCCAUCGGAGGAGGAGCGCCAGGGUAUCAGAUUGCGUAUGGAGUAACCGUCGAGUGCUCGGAGCCUCACGGCUUCCCCCUUGACGAGAUGCUGUUGAUGGACUUCAGCACCGACCACCUUGAAGGGGACGAGGAGCUGGAGGGAGGCAUCGACGGGCACGUGCCGACCUUCCUGUACGCCUUCCCCUACGACGAGAAACGAAUCUUCUUGCAGGAGACCCUCCUUGUAGCCAGGAACCAUCGCGCGUUCGCCAAGUCUUUGCAGAUGGAGGAGAUGGUGAGGAGGGUGAACAAGCGAAUCGAGAACCUCAAGCUGGAGGUCACCAAACAGUAUGACGAGGAGUACUCGGUCAUCCCCAUGGGCGGCCCUCUGCCCGUCCUCGGCCAACCAGUGGUCGCUUACGGGGCUGCGGGUGUGAUGGUACAUCCAGCUAGCGGGUACAUGAUCAACAGGGCGAUCUUGUGGGCCCCCGAGGUGGCGCGAGCUCUUGCCUCAACCCUCAAGGAGACCAACAAUGCUCAGCUCGCUACGGAGGCUGCAUGGGAGGCCCUGUGGCCCAAGCAAAGGCUCAUCGAGCGAGACCUCUACUGCUUCGGAAUGGAAGUUCUCCUUGACCUCGACGUUGCUCUCCUGAGAGACUUCUUCUCUGCCUUCUUCGCUGACCCCAAGGAGAAGAUGUGGAGACAGUUCUUAGCAUGGAGCAUGACUCGUCCGGGAGAGAAACCAUGGAAGAUGAGCAUCUUCAUGAUUCUGCAAUUCUUCAGAGGCUCUUGGCCCCUCAAAGCAAGACUUGUUCGAGAAGCCAUGUUCAAGGAUGGUCUUCAUCUUCUCAAAAGCAUUUUCGAGAUGCCGUUCCCUUUCGAUUAG